AUGUCUAUUAAAGGUAAUCAUAUUUCACCAAAUAUUAUUCGAGAAACAACUGUAUUAUCUCGAAUUAAUUCAAGUAGAGAAGCAUGUGAUCUUGCAAUUACAAACCAUCGAGCAGAUAAGCAAACAACAAAAGAAAUAAAAAUGAAACUCCUCGCACCACAUAAUAGUAAUUCACAAAAUGAACUUGAACGUUUGUAUAGUGGUCAAAAUUCGAUAUGUGAUGACAUGAAGCUUCGUCAACUUAUUGAAAGAGACAGUUUACAUGCAAGAAAAAAU